AUGGCUGCUGUGAAAACCAGCCCUGAGGCCUCGUCACGUCGCCCUCCCUCUCUGGGGCACAGGCUGCUCAUCGCAGAACGAGGAACUCCUGGCCCCCCGAGUUUCCUUCAGUCUGUGCAGCUCCCAGAUGAGUCCCUCCCCUGCUAUGUCUCCCAGCAGGACCUCCAGGACAGCUUAUUCUCCUCUGAAUGUGACAACAGCCUGUGCUUCACCUACAGCGGCCAGUCCAACAUCCUGGAGAUUCGAGACCUCAGCUACCAGGUGAACCUGGCCUCCCAGGUGCCUUGGUUUGAGAAUCUGGCUCAGUUAAGGGUGCCUUGGAAGUCACACCACAGCCAGGACUCUUAUGAGCUGGGUAUCCAGAACCUGAGCUUCAAAGUGAGAAGUGGGCAGAUGUUGGCCGUCGAAGGAAGCUCAGGCUGUGGGAGGGCCUCCUUGCUGGAUGUGAUCACUGGCCGAGUCUGUGGUGGUGUCAAGUUGGGCCAGAUCUGUAUCAACGGGAAGCCUAGCACCCCGCAGCAGGUGAGGAAGUGUGUGGCCCACGUGCGCCAGCACGACCAGCUGCUGCCCAACCUGACCGUCCGGGAGACCCUGGCCUUCAUCGCCCAGCUUCGCCUGCCCAGAACCUUCUCCCAGGCCCAGCACGACAAAAGGGUGGAGGACGUAAUCGCAGAGCUUCGGCUGCGGCAGUGUGCCAACACGCGUGUGGGCACAUACGUGCGGGGGGUGUCGGGGGGCGAAUGGAGGAGAGUCAGCAUUGGCGUGCAGCUCCUGUGGAACCCAGGCAUCCUCAUUCUGGACCAGCCAACCUCGGGACUCAACAGCUUCACAGCUCACAACCUGGUGAGGACCUUGUCCAGGCUGGCCAAAGGCAACAGGCUGGUGCUCAUCUCCCUCCACCAGCCCCGGUCGGACAUCUUCCGGCUGUUUGACCUGGUCCUCCUGAUGACAUCUGGCACCACCGUCUACUUGGGGGAAGCUCAGCACAUGGUCCAGUAUUUCACAGAGAUCGGCCACCCCUGUCCUCGCUACAGUAACCCUGCUGACUUCUAUGUGGACUUGACCAGCAUCGACAGACGUAGCAGAGAGCAGGAGGUGGCCACCAGGGAGAAGGCUCGGUCACUGGCGGCCUUGUUUCUUGAAAAAGUGCGUGGCUUUGACGACUUUCUGUGGAGAGGAGGGCCUCAGGAGCUCGGCGUCGGCCCAUGUGUGGAGAGCCCAGCCCUCCAGAAGGGCCCCAAUGACCUCCCGAGGCCCACGGAUCCCCAGCUGCCAGGACUGGCCCAGCAGUUUACCACACUUAUCUGGAUAAUUUCUAGAGUAAGUGACUUUCCCAAGGCCACCAAGGCCCUGAUGUAUUGUUCCCUGGGCACUUUCUUUUGUUUUUCAAGUUGUCAGAUUUCUAACAACUUCCGAGACUGGCUGACACUUCUCAUCCAUGGGGCGGAGGCCUGUAUAAUGUCCCUGACCAUUGGGUUCCUGUAUUAUGGCCAUGGGGACAUCAAGCCCUCCUUUGUGGACACAGCAGCCCUCUUGUUCCUGAUCGGUGCUCUCAUCCCUUUCAAUGUGAUCCUGGAUGUCAUAGCUAAAUGUUACUCAGAGAGGGCGAUGCUUUACUGCGAGCUAGAGGAUGGACUGUACACUGCAGGCCCUUAUUUCUUUGCCAAGAUCCUGGGGGAGCUUCCAGAGCACUGCGCCUACGUUGUCAUCUACCGGUUGCCCAUCUACUGCCUGGUCAACCUGCGGCCGGGCCUGGAGCACUUCCUGCUGUACUUCCUGCUGGUCUGGCUGGUGGUCUUCUGCUGCAGGGCCAUGGCCCUGUGCACCACCACGCUCUUGCCCACUUUCCAUAUGUCCUCCUUCUUCGGCAACGCUCUCUACACCGGGGGCUGCUUCCUCACCGGGGGCUUCAUGAUAAGCUUGCACAACCUGUGGACCCGGCCGGCGUGGGUUUCCAAAGCGUCCUUCCUCCGGUGGUGCUUUGAAGGGUUGAUGCAGGUUCAAUUUAACGGACACACCUACUACCUGAAGGUUGGCAACUUCACCAUCCGCAUCUCGGGAGACAGAAUCGCUGACUACAUGGGCCUGAACUCGCAACCCCUCUACGCCGUCUAUCUCAUCCUCGUCAGUAUCAGCGUCAGCCUCGUUACCCUCUACUACAUGGCCUUAAGGUUCAUCAAACAGAAAUCGAGACAGGAUUGGUGACGCGUGCCCAGAAUCCUGCCUGCUGCUGGGGGACCUGAGCAGAGCCUCC